AUUCCCCUGGAACCUGUUUCUCUGCUUCCUGGCCAAGCCUGGCUGCUGGAGGGAGAGGCCAGGCCAAAGACCGGCCCGCCAUGGCCUCGGCCCUGAGCCCACCCCGGGUCCCAAAGCCCAAGUGUGCCCUGCCUUCACACUACCAUGAGAGCUAUCUGGAGAAGAAGGGACCCCGAGACCAGAAUUACAAGAAGUUCUGGGCUGGCCUCCAGGGCCUCACUCUCUAUUUCUACAAUAGCAAUCGGGACUCCCAGCAUGUGGAGAAGCUGGACCUUGGAGCAUUUGUGAAAUUCACAGAUGAGGGUCCUCGAGGGAGUUCCAGUGACCCUGGUAUCUAUUUCAACCUGGUCCUCCGGAACCAGGAGAUCAAGUUCAAGGUGGACAGCCUGGAGUCCCGGGAAAUGUGGAAAGGCUUCAUCUUGACGGUAGUGGAGCUCCGUGUCCCAUACAAUUUGACCCUGCUGCCUGGACACCUGUACAUGAUGGCCGAGGUCCUAGCCAAAGAGGAGGUGCGCCGCACGCUCGAGAUGCCCUCGUGCUUCUUGAAGGUGAGCCGGCUAGAGGCCCAACUGCUCCUGGAGCGCUACCCAGAAUGCGGGAACUUGUUGCUGCGGCCCAGCGGUGACGGCGCGAACGGAGUAUCGGUCACAACUCGCCAGACGCUCAACGGGACACCGGUGGUCCGUCACUACAAAGUGAAACGCGAGGGCCCUAAGUACGUGAUCGAUGUGGAGGAGCCGUUCUCCUGCGCUUCACUCCAAGCAGUGGUCGACUAUUUCGUGUUGCAAACCAAUAAGACGCUGGUGCCUUUCCUACUGGACGAGGACUACGAGAAGGUGCUAGGCUACGUGGAUGCGGAUAAAGAGAACGGCGAGAGUGUGUGGGUGGCACCCUCAGUACCAGCGGUCCCCUGCCCAGAUCCUGUAUCCCGGUCCUGUGGCCCCAAGCAGUCACCUGCACCCAUCAUGCCUGUGCCCAGCCAGGACAAGCUGCCCCCGCUACCAAACCCGGAUGAGAACUAUGUGAUCCCGAUUGAUGAUGCCCCAGCUGCCGACUACGUGAAUGGUGAUGUAGUUUCUCCUGGUUGGCCAGGGGUCCCAAAGCCCAAGAAGUGUCUCCCAGCCCCAAAGGUUCAGGCAAAGCCUUCAAAGCCACCCAUUACACCUAAGCCAGAGCCCAAAGGCCUUAUCAGUGGCCUGGCCAAGAAGCUGGCCAUCAGCUCAGGACAGGCUCUCUUACCCAGAACAGGGUUGGCCAGUGUGACGGCAGAGCUGGAAGAGAAACUGCAGAGGCGGCGGGCAUGGGAGCACCCAGCUGGCCUCACUGGGGAUCAGCAGGCCAGUCUCGGAACUGGGCACGUCAGUCAGGUGGAUCUGUCCUCUCAGAAUUAAAAGUUCAAGUGACCCCAGGGUC